AGUAAGGGUGGCCCCUCUCCUCCUCUUCUCCAAGGACUUCGGCUCUGGCUUCCUUUUAUGGCCGCCACCGUGCUCGGAGUGGGGGCUGGCGUGUUCAUCUUGGCUCUGCUGUGGGUGUCGGUGCUGCUGCUGUGCGUGCUGCUGUCCAGAGCCUCCGGUGUCACCAGGUUCUCUGUCCUGUUCGUGUUCCUCGGGGCUCUGAUCGUCACGGCCGUGCUGCUGCUCUUCCCCCGAGCCAGCGAGACCCCCGCCCCGGAGGUCGAAAUGAAGAUUGUGGACGCCUUCUUCAUCGGUCGCUAUGUCCUGCUGGCCUUCCUCACUGCUGUCUUCCUCGGCGGUCUCUUCUCGGUUCUAAUUCAUCAUGUCCUGGAGCCAGUCUAUGCCAAACCACUGAGGUCCUGCUGAGCACUGUUCACGAAAACCAUCACUUCGAUGUUACUGAUGAGCAGAAAGGCGCCGUUUGGAGCCUCGUUUUGACAGCCCUCGUGGCUGCAGAUCAUGGGAAAAUCCGUUCUUCACUAAGACAAAUCCUUUGAGUCCUGGCUUCCAGACACAUGGUUGCAAAAUUGUCUCUUUGGAGAUAGAUUCUUGCCAGCUUAAGAGCGAUAUUGGUCUCUUCUUAGCACCUUGCACCUCAGGUUUCCCAUCUGUUUUGUCAGGGGAACUAGUCACAGUGAGUGAUCUGCUCAGAGUAAAUUUCCAGUCAAGAUGUCAGUGAGUGGAUUUUGGGAAAAGGUGCACUUGGCUUCUGCUGUCCAAUAAAUGGAAGAACUUGGUUCUUUUGGUAAUUCAUAAAA